CACUGUCGUGUUUACACAAAAAUAACAAAACAACUACCUAUUUUUUUUUUUUUUAAAGUGAGUCAAGCAUGUCAACACAUAAGCCACGCGCGAGUGUAUGUGAAAUCAAAGGCGUUACACUAGAACGGGGUUGAUGAGGUAAUAUCACUUCCCCCCCCCCUCCCCGGAGAAAUCCUUAAAAACACGUAUUCCUACCAACAAAUGGAAAUAAUCUGAAAACAAACAGCGGGGAAAAAGUUGUUAUAUCCCCCCCCCCCCCCCACGUGCGCUCGUGUGUGAGAUGGUCACUCGCGGCAGAGGCGCAGUCUCACUUCCAGCAGUGGUCUCAGUGGCUGCAGCCUCGCCCCUCCCUUGCGGCAGGCAGCGGGAACCCACUGCGCUCGUCAGAGGCGCCUGUCGGGGUGCAGGAGGUCGUUACAACAAACACUCUCUGACUGGGCGGCCUCGAGGCAAUACGGCAGCGCGCGACCAUGUACAACCUGAACGUGAACGUGUCCUCCGCGGGCAACCCGGGCCUGCUGGCCGUGGAGGGGUCCUGCUCCACCACGCCCAAGACGCCCGAGAUCCUCAACUCCCUGAUGGCCAUGUCCAACCCCUUCGAGGGCCUGACGGCGGGGCGCGCCCCCGCGCUCACCCCGGGCAGCACCAGCGACACCAGCUGCUCGGGGUCUCCCCUGGCCAGCCCCACGCAGCCGCCCAGCGUGCAGCACACGUGCUCGCAGCUCAUCAAGGAGGGCCUCAAGCUCACCAUCCAGACCAAGCGGCGCCAGACCGGCCAGCCGCUCGACCUGCUCGCCGCCGGCCCGCCACCCAAGAUGGCGCGGCGCGACGAGGAAUCGGAGGUGCUGGAGUCUCAGAACCACGAGCUGAAGAGCCAGAUCCAAGAGCUGGAGGGUCAGCGACGACGUCUCGUCGACAUGCUGUCCGUGCACACGCCCACGUGCAUGCGCAACAACGGCAGUGGUGCGCGCCAGCCCUAUGCCGGCGGCUACGCUGCGCAGUCUCCCACGGGCUACGAGGCGCACUGCGGCUAUGUGCUCGGCUACGCCGCGUCGCCCCUCGACCACCCGUGCAUGGCGUAGUGUGCACGCCACCGCUUCAGUGCGUGCUCUCUCUUUCCAAUAGUACUAGGACAGAGUUAACAUGUAACAUACACAACAUAUGGCUACUUCUGUGUUGUUAACUCAAAGUGAGGUUCAUGAGAAAAACACUCACAAGCUAUUGCCUCACCCUUCUCUUCCGAGUGCAUGUCAAGUCCUGCGGCAUGGUGUUCAAUUUGAAACUGCCGCUUUACAGGACCAUCCUUGGAUCCAGUUUAGGGGACAUGAUGUUGGUAGAUCAUUCGUGGGCCAGUGCCAGAGUUGGAUAUCAUUACUGAACGGAUCGUGGAAAUUCUGCCAUGUCAGGCUCUGUCAUUGAGAACAGGACUUACUAGCAUCCCAGAAGUUAGGUAUGUUCUAAAGUCGUGGAUAUCAGCGAGCAUAUUACAAGGUUGGGCUCUGAACCGUGCCUUUUGGGCUACCUCGGUGGUGAGUAGGUAGUCAUGACGAGCGAGGACUCAAGUCAAACUUGCCUUGUCACUUCCAAACAAAUGCAACUUGAAGGUAAUUAUGAUGCUGGACUUUUUGCUUAAUCCCGUACUCUUACGUUGUAAAACAAAUUACAUGGUGUCAGAGUGUAAUGAUUUGCAAUCUGAAGGAAAAAUUGUGGUUUUAAAUCUUGUAAUAAAAAGGACUUGAUAGUGGAAAACCAGCCAAUUAUAAUAAAAAGGUGUUGCAGGUAGUAGAUGAUUCAGCAUCUGGCAGAACGAUCAGCAACCAGUGACAUUACCAUUCCUUUAGGACACUUUUAAACUGACUUAACGCAUGCUUUGCAAAUUAUUUGUGUGUGUGCGAGUGUGCCUUACUACAAAUGAAAUUACACGUGUUUUAUAAAUUUUGUGUAAGAAAAAAUAUUAGCAGACUGCUCUAUUCCAUUAAUGCAUGUUAAUCUCAAGAAUAAUUUUUUGUUUUUUAAGAGUAGGUUUGGCAUGGAACAUGAUGUAAUUUUAGCAAUAUUCAUAUUGACACCAAUUUUAGUUCAUUAUUUUUUUUUCUUUCAGAUAUAUUGUAAGCAAAAUUACAUUUUAUUAUAUAAAUUGUGGAAUGAAUUUCAACAGUUAACAUAUUCAUAUAUACAGGCUGUAUCUUUCUAUGUAUUUGUACUGCAAAUUCAGUGAUAAUAGAUUGAUUAAAAAUAUUAUGAGGUCUUUCACUGGGGUGCUACCACAGGCAGAACCAGUACAUAUGACCAAAGACAAUGUAAUCUCAUGUUUAUUAUUGUAAUGGAAAUCAUGACAGUAGUUACUGAUACUUGGAAUGUACAUGGUUAAAAUUAUUGUUAGACAGAACUUGAAAGAAUGAAAAGCAGGAAAGAGAUGGUAUGUUUGUUUAGUUGGGAAGAGGUUAACGUGUGGUGUGUUCAUGAAAAAUUGAAGAACUAGGGUGUAAAUAGUGAUAACACUCCGUCAAGUGUGGCCACAAUGAAGUCCAUGAUUAAGAAAUCAGCGAGAAUGAUUUUUUACAAAGCUUUGUUCUUAAAUUUUUGUGAACGAAACCAUUAAAAAUGUACACAUAUCACACUCAAACCUUGAAAUGGUAAUAUUCUUUUGAGGCUUAUCACUAUGUACACCCGAGGUAUUCAAUUGUGUUUACAAUUUUAUAACUGCAGUUUUACAUUUUAAGCUUUCGUCCAUAAGUUGCAUUUCCUUACAAGGGCUUUUUAUAGAUGUUAAAGUAGGACUUCAUGAUUAGGUAAUUACAAUCCUCCCAUUAUUUGGCACUGUUACAGACCAUUUUGUUUUCUACCAUUUUUCUUCUUUAGGAGCUUGGACUGCAAUGACUAUGACAGCAAUCUUUUCUCAGUUUUAUUUGGCUUGUUGUUUAGUAAUCCCCAUAUUUCAUGGUUAAAAAUAGCUGUAUUCUUGGAUAUGCUAUUAAUAUUGUGCAAAUAAUUGUGGUUAUUCAACAUUGCACAUAGCAGUGCAGUUAUUACUUAGCAGUCUUGGAACAUUCUCUUUGCAGUCAAAGUUGCAACAUUAAGAGGUAUAUUUUUCCUUGUUUAUUUUAUGUAUUUGCUCCAUCAUUGUUUAACCAACACCUUAGAAGUUAUACAGACACAUGAAAGUACCAACUUUGAUCUUGGUGAUUGUUGGUUAUUAGUUCCUCUUUGUGUUCUUUGUGUGGCGUCUGACCAUUGGUGCAGCCUGGCUGCGGCUGGGCUGAUGCCCAAUCACAAACAAGCAAGCCUACGUGCAGUGGUUUCUUUGCCGUUGGUUGCAGUUUCUCGCAUUCAGAUCACCGCCACCGGUUACUAAGUAAUGGAAAUGUUCUCUUUUCCGCUUUAAAUGUCUGUUCGGAUGUCGUCAGUGCAUCUGGAUGAGGGACAGAAGUUGUGAUUACAUCAUUUCAUAUGGAAUAUUAUCUGUUGUACAUAUUUUAAAAUGUUUGUUGUUACGUUGUGUGCAUGCUAAAUUAUAUUAUUAUCAUAAAGCUUACAUUAUAUUGUUUAGAAAGACUUAAUUCCUAUUAGGGCUAAUUUCACCACGAUCAUGUAAUAAAAAAUCACAUUUAAAAAAAUAUUUACUGACGUUUAAGAUAGAUACCCAUAGCUUAACUUAACACCCAAUGUAGGGCAUUUAACUUAUUACCGAAUUUUAGCAGCUGGCAAAAUGACACCACAAUUGUCAGAUGAUAUUUGACAAGGAUAACAAGGCACAUAAAUAACUUAAAAUCUUUAAGUAAAAAAACUAGUUAGAUAUGAUUGUGAUGAUUUUUUUAAAAAUAAAGAAUGUGCUAAAGGAAAGUGAACUUCUGUUUGUUUCCAUCAAACAAAUGUGUGUGUGUGUGUGUAUACAUGCAUUGAAAAUUUAAGUUUAUACAACAUAAAUUAAAAUAAUAAUAAAAUGAAAAUUAUAAAACAAAAGUUUAAGAAAUUACUUAAAAUAUUUUCCUCUUUCUUAACUAAAUUUGUUUACAAACUUAUCUUGAUAUGACCCCAAAACAAACAAAAAUGAAAUAUCACUGCCUUGUAAUUGUGUUUCUAACGAAUUCCAAUAGAGUAACUACAGGAAUUAAGGGGUAUACGAGAAAUGUGUGGUUUACUUGAACCUUUAAGCCAGGCUUAAAUUCAUGAAGUAAAUUUAAGGGAAGCUUAGUUACUGAGGGUUUAACCUAGCUGUGGUGAAAUUGGCCUUUAGGGGUAUUAUAAAAAACAUAAAACGAGUACAUGAUCAAUUUAUACUUAUUUUUUUAAAUUAGUACUUUACUAUUAUUAAUACUUAAAAUGAACGUUUCAUUCCUGGGUCAGGCCACAGUCAAGUGGGACAUAGUGCAUAUUUUAAUAUUUAAUAAUAGUGUUAUAUGUUGCUGUCUCCUGUAUUCAUUACUAGCAAAUUACAUACACAUCAUUCACUUCAUCUGCUUUACUCUGGUUCUCGCCAGUUCACAUCCAUAACGACUGCACAGCACAUCACAACAGGCCCGCCAACCUUCUAACACUAUUUACACACACAAACGACAACAAUACACAACAAUUACAUCAAGAAAAAUAUUAAAAAUUGAUAUAUCAAACUUUAAACUUAUUGUAGACAAAUUGCAUAAAGGACUUAGCAAAACUGUGGUUUUUUUUAUACACAUGCUCAAACUUAAAAAUCAAAAAAAUUUUGGUCACAGAAGGACAACAGUUUUUUAUAAUUUAUUAAAUUACAAUUUCCUUUUUGUCAAUUAUUUUAUCAUAGGCUUAUGUUACUUUGUAUGAGUAAACAAGAGAUAAAAAUAUGUAAGUAUAAAUAAAUAUAACAAGAUUAUGUGAUGCCCUAAAAAUUAAAGUAUCCUUCCGUGACAAUUUCAAGGCAUUUUUUUAAAAGAAAAUACCAAUAAUUAUCAAGGUAUGAAAUUAUAAAUUCACAUUUUCAUAAAUGCAAUCAUAAUUGAUCUAAUUAAUCACUAAUAUAUUAUGUGAUAUUUUUACUGGGGAAAAAAAAAAUACAUACUGUCACAGGACAUUUUUUGUCACUGAGGUAAAAAUCCAACCAAUGUCUCAACAAUAUUGUUUUCUGUUCCCUCCUAUUUUUUGUAUCACAUGAUAUUUUCCCUCCAUUUGCAUUACUAAAAGCUGGAGGUUGAAUAAUUUGUUAAAUGUGGUAAGUUUAUUUCACUGUCAUUUCAUAUUUAUAAAAGUGGUAUUGAUAUAUGCUUACAAUUCUGUCUGGUAAUGUACAUUCUUUAAGCAAUGGAAAACUGGCUUUAACUUACAUUUCUAUAACUUUACAAGUGAAGUGUUAUGUUUGUAGUAAACAAUGGGCAAGACAGAUGCUCAACAGAUGCAGGAAUGCAGAAAGAGGCUGUAAAGUGUCCAAGUAUAAAGGUGAAAAGGUCGGGGGGGGGGGGGGGGGGGGGAAGGUUUGUUUGAUAAAUAAUGGGGAAAAAUUUCCUUCCAUAAAGUCCUUCUAUGACGGUACUUGAAGUGUUUUCAUAACUGAAAUAUGUAAGUAAACAAAACCAUAAUUUUAUUUUUGUAUCUAAAGUGAUGUACAUACCUGGAGUAUUAAGCAUACAGAGCCUUGUUCAAUUAGUAUUCUAUUCAGAGGUAAAAACUGCAAUUUCACAUUGAAUAGAGAACAAUAACUUAUGUCUUUUUUUGUGUCCUGUGAUGUUACACAUUAUAAUUUGUAUAAAUUAAUUCUACACAUAUUAAAAAGCAAACCUAAUGUCAAACCAUUCCUAUCAACUCACAUUUUCUAGCAAAACAUUUUCCUAACUAAUAUUUAUAAUACUCAGGAAAUUAUUAUGGUUGAAUUGUUAAAAUGCCAUCCUUCUGUGACGAAAAAAAAAAAAAAUAAUACUGUGGCCUGACCCUCCUACGUUCUAAAAUUUUAUAUUUUUGUAUGUUAAACAUUUUUUAAUAAUACUAUGUAUUUCUCUUGCUAUUUUUUGUAUUUUUUUGAAAAUAUAAUGCAGAGUUACUGGAAGAAGGUAUUUUAAGACACUAAUUCAUAAAAUUUGUUUCUGUGUCACGGAGUCCCAGGAAUGCGCAGCUGGAAGGUAAAAAUGCCUCAUCUUAUUGAGGGUCAGUCAGUACUUUAGCCACCCUGAUAGGUCGCUAACUUAAACUGCUACAGGGUGGAGCCAAAUGUCUAUCAACAGGGCAAAUUGGAAACUGAAGGUAUCGCAGUAUACAGAGCUGUAACUAAAAUUCGCAGUUUAGCUAUAGACGUUGAUUGAGUUGGAUUUGAAACACUUUCUAGUUGCAGACAUUCUUGGUGCCAACAAGGCAUAGACUUUUCUUUCGAAUAAGCUUGCAUUAAACUUGAGAGUUAGUUAUGUUUUCUUCUAAGCACAGCUGCAUGUGUGUCAGCCGUACAAUGUUGAUGGUGCUCACUGAUGAAAAUGUUAUAAAGUCUUAUGUUUUGUGCUGGAGUGUUUUUAUUUUCCCAUGAGUUGUAGUUAGUGCAUUGGUGUUCCAUCUACUGACUGGACCUUAACAUGUUUGUUUCAUGAAAACUGCCGAUUAUUAACUUUUUUUUCCAUUUCAGAUGAAGGUGGUGAUAAUUUAAAAAUGUAACCUAGUGUAUAUACGUACUUAAAAAUUGUUUGCUUUCACGUGUCACCGCAUAACCCCAGGUUGUGGAGGGAAAAACUCAUUGAUUGCUUCUGACAUGAGUUGCUUGUGUGUAAGAUGAGAUCUAGCCUGUUGUAUGCCAACACAAAAAAAAAAUCCUAUCAUAUCAAUAGUGCGCAUUAAAAAAAUAUUACUGUAGUUUGCUUUUGAAAACUUAAAUUUUAUUGGUUAAUAUCUAUGGAUAUUAAUUUUGUAAAGCAUCUUUAGUGUGUCACAUGUAAAUAUUGUUUUUUUAAGCAAGAUAUUGGUGCUAUUAUUUGUAGUCUGAAAAUCAAAAGUAUUGUUUUCUACUUCUUUGUGUGAAUGUUUCAUUAACUGUGUCGAAACAUGUUAUCUUCCAAGCACAUUGCUUAUAUUAAUGAAUGGGCAGUAAUGUUAUACAUUCUUGUACUGUGUACCUGGUCGUAGUGGCCUCUCAAGAAACCCACUAUGUAUUUUUUUAUAGUAAUAAACAAACUUUAUUAUUGGAA